CACAACCCAAAGGCGCAUUUCAGCGCUAUCAUGAGCGCCCGCGUUCCGGUCGGCCGUAAGGACGCCGCGUUAGGGGGUCCCGAUUCUGUGUUGACAAACCCAGCGCCUCAAACUGGGAAUACUGCUGAGGGAGAGGAGACCACACAAGCGGGAGCAGAGCAGGUGGAGCGAGAGGUGGAGGGAGGGGAAGGAGAGAAGCAGCGAGAAAGUGAGACGGAAGCUUGGAAAAGAAAACUGCAGAAAGCCGGAAUCGCUGUGCUAAAGGGAGCCGUCGCCGGCGCACUUCUCCUAGCCGGCAUCCCCAUCUCCAUUCGGUGCUUCGUCGGUCCGCCGCGCCUCCGCUAUCCGUACGAGGACACGUCGGACUGGCCCGAAACGUUCGAGACGGCCUCCAGAAUGGCAACAGGCGGAGCCGUAGUAGGCGGGACUAUAACAACCGCGGUCCUCCUCCUCGGCAGCAUAGAGAAUGAUUAUCCCUCAAAGGAUGCCCGGCGGACCUGCAAGGGAGGUUGAAUGCGAUAAAAAUGCGAUAAAAGUGUACGUGUACUGCAAAGGCCCGAGGCGUCAUGCGUGUGUGACAGAUUCAGUAAGCCUUUCUUGUGACGGUCAGGGAAGAUGAAAUGAGACCGACCUGCAUGGACUUCAAGACUUUCAAAGCCGAUCAGGCUUGGAGCGGUUCUCGGCCGGGCCUCUACUGCCGCCUACUUCCUUCUUGAAAGCAUACAGAAGGACUUCAAGUGAGAGACCGAAGGUCUCCGCUAGUUGACGUUUGCAUACUUGGUAGAUUACAAAUCGACCCAUCAUUGAUCAAACAGAACAGAUGAUGACAACUUUCAAUUUUCACAUUGUUCGACCAAAGUGGGGCAGUUUAUCAAGGUCGUGGGUAGGGCUUCAGAAUGCAUUAGGGAGGGCUUUUGGUCAUAAGACGUCGGCCAGAAAGUCUACGUAUCACUGGCAAACUCAUGGAUGCUACGCUCAGAUUACAACAUUUUGAAUCGACAACAGGCAAUAAUCUGAAUUUCUGUGCUUGAUUUCUUCUGCACUGGCUUUGUCUCUGCCUUGGAGACAUACAGCAGUUCCAAC